ACCAGUAGCGGUGACUCAGUUGUGUCAAAUAGUUGCGAACUGUCGGAUCGCUUCCUCUCGUGGCAAAUGUUUGAUGAAGCCUUUAAAGAGUACCAAAAGAAAACCUUUCAAACGUUUCUUAUUCAUCGAUCGAAGAUGCUGGAUGGCGGCAAUCCAAAAUUUUCGGUCCUGCAAUAUGAGUCCGUUGAAUAUGUCUGUGUCCGCCACAGGAUUCCAAUAUGCCCGAAAAAAAAAUUGCGACGCCGGAUUAACUGUAGCGGCAAGGCUGAGCGCUCAUCAUCUGAUUGUUACGAAGAAGAAUCUGCGACAUAAUCAUCCUGAAAACCGAGAUCCGGAACAAAUAAUAGCAGUCCGUGAACGUCUAGAAUCGCGAGCGCCAGCCGUUGCAACAGCGAAUCAAGCACGGACGCGAAGCGGCAAAGCCGUAACUCUAACACAAAAGCCGUUAAAAAACGGACGAACUGAAAACGAUAAAAGACGGGAACGCUAUCAACAAAUUUGCCAGCAGAAGAAAACAAUUACUGUUGUUAUGGAAAUGCAUGAGGAGGGACUGUCAUGGGUUUGCACUAAGAAAAAACCUAAAACAAGCGAAUCAACUCUUGAACAGCCGCAGAAAAUGCCCAGCAAGGAAGCAAUCUCAUCGGAUGAAUGUGCGCCAAACGACACAUGCAUGGAGAUUGUCGAACCACAACAGCCAGAAUCGGAUAAUGUGGGGGAAGAGAAGGUCGUCCAGCCACCGCCAUAUAGCCAGGAAGAUAGUGAAUACACAGUGCAUGGAUUUCGUGGCUCCGAACUGAAGGCACUGCAACAUGGUGAUCCAGGCAACAAAAACCGCCAAGGCUGCAGUUUCAGUAAUGAUCAAACCUCGGUGCGUGACGACACUGAAAGGAUCUCAGCGGGUAUUCAUUUAUCUGCCGGUCACAUCGAAGAAGUAUUAUUUCAAAAAGGUUCGAAGAGCACCCCGGAAGCAAUGAUAAAGUCGGAUUACGGAAGAAGCCAAGCUUACAUAAACAGCCCUGAUUUACCCGAGGUUAGCCAUCAUGGCGAGCCGCAACUGGAUCACUUUGAUGACUUCUUUGGCGGAGAGUACCUGUGUCCAAUAUGACCACGACAGUGGACUUUUAGACGGCUCGUGCCCGCAGUCUCCUCACAUUCGGCCCACGCAAUCUGCUUUUUGAUACUGCAUGGCCAGAUGCAUCCACUACUUCCACGUCCGAGCCCUCGAGGCCUACCAAAAGCCACCGCAACCGAGAAUCCAAACGAACACGCGCGGCCUCGGUUCCCGCUCCCGGAAAUACCGUUGCUAGACAUAGUGAACACACCGUACCUACUUCCUCGGUAUCUCAUAAGGAUAAUGAAUUGCUCACAGAAGACAGCCGUAACGGUGCGAAUAUAUUUUGCAGUUGAUUACUUUUUAUAUUAUG